CCAUUUGGGUAUAUAAUAGAUUAGAAAGUGUCGUAAUGUUUAAAUAUUCCACAGGUUAACACUGAAAUCAGCCUUCUGGCCAUGCCGGUUCUAUGGCCUGUUUCUUCUCAUGAACCCCAGCAGAAGACAGACCGGCCAGUCCUCACAGUGGAUGACUUCCCUUCCUUGAGCAAGAGAUGGGAUAGAACCUGGGAUCUGCCCAACACCAGACUCUGGGCUUAAUAAGCCAGCUGAAUGAAGGAAUGUAACAGACCCCUGGGAGGGACACUGAACCCUGCAGUGGGGGGGGAGGGGCGUGGACAUACCCCUUCCCCCCCAGACUCCUCCCCCUCAGUCCACUCAGCCAUGGACUUUGGACCUGGAUAAGAGGAGAGAAGCUGCACUUUGUUUGGUGUAUCUGAUUUGGGAUUCUAAGUUUUGGAAAUGGAGUGCUGGAAGGGGGUUUGAUGAUCUCCAGGGGAGCAGCUGAGAGAAGAAAGGUAAGGUACAUGGCUGCUUCCUAAUCCUGAAGGCCAGAGAGAGCAUCCCUCGGGCUGUGGAAGCCAACUAGGCAAGCCAAGGGCAACCUUGAGCCCCACCCUUGCCGGCCUCCCCCGUGGGGGCCAGGAUGCUGAAGAAGCAGUCUGCAGGGCUUGUGCUGUGGGGCGCCAUCCUCUUUGUGGCCUGGAACGCCCUGCUGCUCCUCUUCUUCUGGACACGCCCGUCGCCCGGCCGGCUGCCCUCGGACAGCGCUCUUGAUGACGACCCCGCCGGCCUCACCCGCGAGGUGAUCCGCCUGGCCGAGGACGCCGAGGUGGAGCUGGAGCGGCAGAGGGGGCUGCUGCAGCAGAUCCGGGAGCAUCAUGCCCGCUGGAGCCAGCGGUGGAGGGUGCCCACUGCCGCCCCCCCCAGGCCCCCGCGCGUGCCUGUGUCCUCGCCGCCAGCCGUGAUCCCCAUCCUGGUGAUCGCGUGUGACCGCAGCACAGUCCGGCGCUGCCUGGACAAGCUGCUGCAUUACCGGCCCUCGGCCGAGCACUUCCCCAUCAUUGUCAGCCAGGACUGCGGGCACGAGGAGACGGCGCAGGUCAUCGCCUCGUACGGCAGCGCCGUCACGCACAUCCGGCAGCCGGACCUGAGCAGCAUCGCCGUGCCACCCGACCACCGCAAGUUCCAGGGCUACUACAAGAUCGCGCGCCACUACCGCUGGGCGCUGGGCCAGGUCUUCCACCGGUUCCAGUUCCCGGCGGCCGUGGUGGUGGAGGACGACCUGGAGGUGGCGCCGGACUUCUUCGAGUACUUUCAGGCCACCUACCCGCUGCUGAGGGCCGACCCAUCCCUGUGGUGUGUGUCUGCCUGGAACGACAACGGCAAGGAGCAGAUGGUGGACGUGAGCAAGCCGGAGCUGCUCUACCGCACCGACUUCUUCCCGGGCCUCGGCUGGCUGCUGCUGGCCGAGCUGUGGGCCGAGCUGGAGCCCAAGUGGCCCAGGGCCUUCUGGGACGACUGGAUGCGCAGGCCAGAGCAGCGGCAGGGCCGGGCCUGCGUGCGGCCCGAGGUCUCCAGAACCAUGACCUUUGGCCGCAAAGGUGUGAGCCACGGGCAGUUUUUCGACCAGCACCUCAAGUUCAUCAAGCUGAACCAGCACUUCGUGCCCUUCACCCAGCUGGACCUGUCCUACCUGCGGCAGGAGACCUACGACAGAGACUUCCUCGCCCGCGUCUACGGGGCUCCCCUCCUGCAGGUGGAGAAAGUGAGGACCAGUGAGCGCAGCGAGCUGGGGGAGGUGCGGGUACAGUACACCGGCAGGGACAGCUUCAAGGCCUUUGCCAAGGCCCUGGGAGUCAUGGACGACCUCAAGUCCGGGGUCCCCAGGGCCGGCUACCGGGGCAUCGUCAGCUUCCUGUUCCGGGGCCGCCGUGUCCACCUGGCCCCGCCGCAGACCUGGGACGGCUAUGACCCUAGCUGGAAUUAGCAGCGCUGCCUGCUCCUCCUGGGCUCCCUUCUUGCCAUCUCGUGGGCUGAGAUGGGACCAGGUCCCUGGGCUGCAUCGUCCUCUCCGUGUCUCUGCUGGGUACACUUAUCUUU